GUAGUGAAUGGGUCACUGCUGAAAUCAACGACGGGUGUUUUGAUUGCUUCUUUUAUGUGUUAACUGGUGUACAACUUCUCAAUCUUUUAUAUCUGUAUAUGUUAACAAGGAAUUACUCAUACAAAUGUGCACAAUCGAUAAAGACUUUUUACCAAACAGUAACCUUUAGCAACGAGGUUGUGGCAACAGGCUUAGAUACCAUAGAGAACGCCUCAGGCAACGAGGCUCAAGAUGAAUGGGAAUACGUAGCUUUCGUACGCAGAAAAUCUUUUCAACGCUGUAAAAACCCGCUGUAUUACCAUGAUCAGUAUGGAACGGAUAACCUUACGAAUGAUACGUGAUCGACUAGUCUUCCUCUUGGAUUUUUAUAGCUCCACAACACAACAGAGUAAACAUUAAAUACGUACGUUUGUGGGACAUCAUGUGUGUUUGUGGGCCAUGCGCGUGUUUCUGGCUCUUUUUCUGAUUGGAUGAGCUGUUUGACAGGUUCAAUGUAAUUACGAAUGACAGUCAAGAAAAUCCUUCAGUUAAAUAUAAACUGUUACAUGACAUUCAAUAUGUCAUUUGAAUUGCGCACAUUAUAUUUGGUAAAUUUAUGAAGUUAUUAACAACUGAAAGUUACAACAAAAAAAAUGUUUUCC